GAGCAAAUAUGUCUUAUUAUAAUUUAAAAGAUAAAUUAGGUAUUAUAAAUUAUUUAGAUACAAAUUAGUGAUGGAGUCAGAAAUCUAAACGAGGGAGAGCUAAAAAAAUUCGUUUGGAGGAUUUGAAUAUGGUCAUUGGAGAAGGGGGGGGGGGGGGGGGGGGGGGGGGGGGGGGGGGGGGGCUAGAGCCUUACCAACUAGUCUAUUUCUCAAAUUUGGUACAAUUUUUAAAAUUUGCCUAGAUUUGAAAGUUGAAGAGGGAGGCUAUAGCCCUUCCUGGAGCCAACGGAUCUGCCACUGAUACUAAUUACUAUAAAAUAACAUGAUAUGGACUAAAUAAUACGAUACGAACAAAGUAUUUUACAUGGGGCAAAUCAAUCACAUGUAUCGUUCAUGACAUAAAAAUAUUAGAGUAUUUAAUUUAUACAUGAACUUAGAAAUUAGUUUUAGAGCUCAACUAUUUAGAAUAAAUGAGUUGAGCUCGAGCCAAACCGAUAAUCUUAAUGAUGAGAUAGAAUUUUAAUAAAUGAGUCGAUUCAAAUACAACUCGACUUUGCUCUUUAAUAAACGAGCUAAGCUAAGCUCGAGUUCGAAUUCCUUACAAACGAAUCUAGUCUGCCGACUCAACUCAACUCAUUAGCAUCACAAAAGAAACGAUCAAAUCGUUCCUCCACGUCAUUGCUUCAUGACCCAUAAUCAUGGACUCGCGAAUGCCCAUGCAUUAUGCAUAUUAGGCUUUGAACACACAUUGAUUUAAGUAUAUGGGCUCAAAUCACGUUUGUCUGACUUAGUUGGGCCUCAACCUAAGGUAACUUCAUUUACUAAUGGGCUCUCAGGCGCUUGCCCAUUGAAUUGAAUACAUAAUUUCCAUUUACCAAGCCCAAAAGGUACGACCCUUUGCUCUCUCAUCCCUCAUUGUCGGAACCUCGUCGGUGACCGUCUCUUCACCCUCGCCGUCGCCCACUUUCUUCUCUACCGGAUGUCGCAGUUCUGGAAGCCCGGAGGCGAGCGGCCGCAACUUCUUGAUGACGGAGAGGGAGGCGUACUGUUUUUCUCUCCCUCAGCCUCGUCCUCUUCUUCCUCCUCAGGCUUCGGCUAUGGCAGCAUUGACAAGCUGAGGCAGAGGUUGCCCGUGUACAAGUACCGGACGGCCAUUCUCUAUCUGGUGGAGACUCGCGCUACUACUAUAAUCGUCGGCGAGACUGGUAGUGGCAAGACCACUCAAAUUCCUCAGUUCCUUAAUGAAGCAGGUUGGGCUGAUGGUGGAAGAGUAAUUGCUUGCACCCAACCGAGAAGGCUGGCUGUGCAGGCUGUUGCUUCAAGGGUGGCUGAAGAGAUGGGGGUAAAGCUGGGAGAGGAAGUUGGCUACACCAUUAGAUUUGAGGAUGUUACGAAUACGGAUAAAACAGUGGUAAAAUUUCUCACAGAUGGAGUCUUACUGAGAGAAAUGAUGGAUGAUCCACUUUUGAGCAAAUAUAGUGUUAUAAUGGUGGAUGAAGCUCAUGAAAGAUCUAUUUCAACUGAUAUUUUGCUAGGCCUCCUCAGAAAGAUCCAACGCCGUCGACCUGACUUGCGCCUGAUAAUCUCUUCGGCUACGAUUGAGGCAAAGUCUAUGGCUUCUUUCUUCAGAAGCAGCAAGAGGCAUCAGGAAGCUGGGGCAACUGAUCUUGGUCCAUCCAAAGAGCCAGCUAUUCUCUCAGUUGAGGGCAGGGGGUUCAAUGUAGAAAUUCAUUAUGUGGAAGAGCCUGUCCCUGAUUACGUCCAGGCUGCAGUAUCUACAGUGCUUCUGAUUCAUGAUCAGGAACCUGCCGGUGAUAUUUUAGUGUUUCUAACGGGUCAGGAUGACAUUGAUGCUUCUGUUAGGUUGCUUACUGAAGAAGUUCAAUCUCAUGGAAAAAAAUCCCUUGGGUUGAUUAUUUUGCCUCUGUUUUCUGGUCUUCCACGUGCGGAUCAGGAUCUAGUAUUUUCUCCCACUCCUAGAGGGAAGAGGAAAGUUGUUAUAUCGACCAAUAUAGCUGAGACAUCAUUGACUAUGGAGGGCGUUGUCUAUGUUGUUGAUAGUGGAUUCUCAAAACAGCGGUUCUAUAAUCCGAUUUCUGAUAUCGAGAAUCUGGUUGUGGCACCAAUAUCUAAGGCAUCUGCUAGACAAAGAGCCGGUAGGGCUGGAAGAGUUCGACCUGGAAAAUGCUACAGGUUGUACACAGAGGAAUAUUUUGUGAAGCAAAUGUCUUCUGAGGGAAUCCCAGAGAUACAGAGGUCAAAGUUGGUUUCCUGUGUGAUUCAGUUAAAAGCCUUGGGAAUAGAUAACAUACUUGGAUUUAAGUGGCCAGCAUCGCCAUCAUCUGAAGCAAUGAUCCGGGCACUUGAAGUUCUUUAUUCUUUAGGAGUUCUGGAUGAUGAUGCUAAACUCACUUCACCAGUUGGAUUUCAAGUGGCAGAAAUUCCUCUGGAUCCAAUGAUCUCAAAGAUGAUAUUAGCUUCAGACCAACUGGGAUGUGCUGAGGAGAUCCUUACAAUUGCUGCAGCUCUAUCCAUCCAGUCUAUUUGGGUCUCUGGUCGAGGAAUGCAAAAGGAGCUAGACGAAGCAAAGUUGAGAUUUGCAGCAGCAGAGGGAGACCAUGUUACAUUCCUAAAUGUUUACAAGGGUUUUCUCCAGUCGGGUAAAUCUUCAGAUUGGUGUCGCAGGAAUUUCGUAAAUGCUCAUGCAAUGAAAAAGGUUAUCGAAAUAAGAGCACAACUCAAGAGAAUAGCACAGAGAUUGGGCAUAGUCCUUAAGUCAUGUGAAUCAGAUAUGAUUGUAUUGCGUAAAGCAGUAACGGUCGGAUUCUUUGCCAAUGCAUGCCGCUUAGAAGCAUAUGGCCACAAUGGGAUGUACAAGACUGUUAGAGGCUCUCAAGAAGUUUAUAUCCAUCCCUCCUCCGUGUUGUUCAGAGUGAACCCGAAGUGGGUUGUUUACCAUUCUCUAGUGUCGACCGAUCGUCAAUACAUGCAGAAUGUGAUAACCAUCGAACCCUCAUGGCUACCGGAGGCUGCUCCGCAUUUUUAUCAGCAACGACAACUUGGCCCCAGCAUUCAUUAACUCUUGCAGUAGGGAACCAUGUACUUUAAGAAACUGUGUUCAUCUGUGUUUGACCAGUCCGGUUUAGCUCGUUAAUUAGAGUUAUCUGUAUGUACAUAGUGUUGUAUGUAUGCUAAACCUUUUGCGGUGACCGCACUGUAAGUUUUCCUAGUUCGAUUCGGAUUCCUUCUCAGCUAUUCCUUCCCCAUGCUAUUAUGAACCUUAAACCCUGGUAAAUUUUUACAAAAAAUUGUUUUGACGGAGCUUGAUUUAUAAGGUAAAAUUAUGUAGUAAUAAAGGGUGAAAAAAUGCUUGAAAAUUGA